AUGGAGUCCUCUCUACCAACACGAUCCUCACUACACCAAGGCACAGAGGUACCUGCCAUGGUGCCAUCUGGCCUACUGUCUCUGCCAGCCGAGCUGCGCCUGGACAUCUACGAUCUCGUCUACCACCAGCCUCACGAGCAGCCGGUCGACCUCUGCCAAGCAGAUCCGCCAUUGAAGUCACUACCGCUCACAUGCCGCCAGCUUUAUCUUGAGGCUUCGGGCAUCUACCAACACAACUACCGCAAAUUCUGGUCUGGGUCAGACUUCAUCAUCGACCGACGGACUCCCGAAGUGGCAGCAAUAGCCCGCCAGCGCGUCUCGGAGCUGAAGGAGAACGAUCUCCAGAAGAUUCGCACUUUGAAAGUGCUCUCACUCAAGAAAGACAGGGUAGAAGACGAGCUUACCACAUCUACCCACGUCGACACUCGGGGUCUGUGGAUCCACUCGCUUGAGUCCAGUGCACGGCCUAAAGGCAAUUGGUACGUGCUACACGAGCGCCAGAGCCCGGGAGGCCCGCGCAAUGUGCGUACCGAUGUAGCGUUCAUGAUGAUCGACGAAGACAACUACAAUGACGACAGUGUGAAAGAAAGAACGGGCAUGGAGAUGCUGGGCUCACCUGGAUUCAGAGCAUGUCCAAUGUGGGAGCAGAUAAUCGAGGUUCUGUAUGUGCACGAGGACUGGACCGAGGUCGAGAAGGUCACGGAGUAG